AUGGCCACCGUCCUCCAGCAGCAGUUGGCGGCAAUCGCCGCCAGAAGCACCCACCAGCUCGACCUCAAGGCGCAGAAAGCCCGCCACAGCAAAUCGCUGCUGUUCGAAGCACGAGACGCCGCUGCGCAGAACUUCGACACGAUCUACCAAGUAUGCCUCGAGGGCUUCGACGCGCUAUGUCAGCUGGAUGUGCGGUUCGCGCCGUUUGCUCCGAGUUUGUUCAGCGAGCAGAGCAAAAACGAAGAUCGAGCGACAAUGACAGCGCAAGAGAACGCAGAGCUGGACGCCGUCAUUGAGAGCUUUCUGCGUCUGCUUGGGGCCAGACUGCUGCUGAAGCCUGCGAUGAAGGCGGCGGAAUGGCUGGUGCGGAGGUUCCGAGUGCACGAACACAACACCGAAGCAUUGCUCCUGACCUUCUUGCCAUACCACGCCUCGCACAUCUUCCCUACGCUGCUGUCCAUCUUGCCAGAGCAGCUUCCGCCCACCUUCAGAUUCCUGCACCCAUACGUGUCUUCGCUGCAGACACCUCCCAGGCACGCUAUCGUAGCAGCAGCAAGCAUCAAUUCUGCUUUCUUUGCCGCCUUCAGCCAGUACACCUUGAACCUUGCGAAGGCGAGGUAUCAAUCAGCACUGCUGCUUGGAUUCUGGGCGAGCAUUACAGCGCAGUCUGUCAACGUCAUGAUUGAUGCGACACGAUCUGGACGGGAGACAGCACGGAGACAGAAGGAAGAAGACCUCUUGCUGAAGGUGCUACCAAUACUACAAAGUGCUCUAAGCAUCAGAGGUGUGCCAGAGUUGUACCUCGGAGCUUGCAUGAUCAUGACCAUCUUGGCCACCAAGUCAUCUUUGAGCGAUAAAGCACUAAAUGCCAUGAUGGACGCCGUCGCCAACGGCUGGACAGACCAGACUGUGCAGGACGGAAUCCUCUGCUUGGCCGUUUUGGCCGAAGAACGAGAAGCAAUGAGCUUACCUAGACCGGUAGUGAAAGCCAUCACGAAACAUGACGACCUACUCGAGAUCAUCGAAAGGAUUGGCGCGAAGUACCGCGUAGAGAAGCUCCUCGUGGGAGCCGCGAUUGGCGCGUUGCAUGCCAAGCUGCAGGAGCAUGAACCUCGAAUGCUAUCGUUGCUCACAGCCUCCGUGCUCAAUCACAACGUGUCAGAUGCUGGCAAGCUGGAUGUGCUACAAAGCAUACUGGAUGCCGUCGCUACCACCGAACAUGGUGUGGAGUUACGCAGUGAGCUUCUGAAGAUGCUGAACAGCCUUGCAGAGGGCGAGAAUGGGUCGCGACUCAUCAGAGCGGCCGCUGAGCGAGCCGACAUCAAUCCUGCCCGACUGGAUGCUGAUCUAGCGCUUCAGCUACAGUCCAGCGACAGUGCAGAGGCCAGUGACGAUGACACUGAUGCAAUGUUGCUGGAUGAACAGCCAGCGGCUGCUAUUGACCGUUCAGCUCUCGAUCUUACCGCUUUGCCCAAGCUGCCAAGCAAACAGACUUCCUUCCUCGACCCUGUUCACCAACAAGCAUUGGAGCAAUUCAGCAUGGCUUUCCAUCAGGCGCUGCCGUCAGAGGAGGACAUAUCGGCUCUUCUUGCCCAGCCUUCACUUGAGAGGAGCGCAUGCACAAAACAGCCCAACACGUUCACCUUCUUCGCAGGCGUGUGGAUGAGCCACGCGCCAGUGUCAGCUCGUGUCAAGUCUUUGCAGAUGACAGCGGAGCUCUUGCAGCAGGCCAAGAAAGACAAUGCGUUCGUCGACGUGCAAGCACUCAUACCUUACCUGAUCGCAGCGCUUGCCGAUCCAGCAAAGGCGGUACGCACGGCUGCAGGAGUGGCAAGCAAGGCCCUUCAUGCGUUGUAUAAGCUCAGGCCACAAGAAAAAGGCAAGACUGACGAGUCUGCUGUGUGGAGUAAAGAUACCAUCUACGGCAAGCAGAGCAGCCAAGUACAAUGGCUUCCCACCGCCGACGCACACCGUGUACUAGCAGAUGCACUGCUGCCAAUAAUUGAGGAUUGUGUGAUCGACGCAGAGAAGAUCGUGCAGUCCUUGUCCACCGAGCUCAACGGCACUUCCGGCACUGCAACACCGCAGCGCAAAGAGCUGAAAGCAACGCUACGACCAGCAACCUAUGCCUUCUUGGCCUCUCACGUGGUGGCAACGCCAUCGCACAUGCUGAAGCUGCGCCUGUUGCCCAUCUUAAGCCGUGUGGGCAAGCAUGCAGGUACCGCAAGGUCACACAUUUUGCUACCGUACGUUCGCAGUGUGGUCAGUCUUGAGCAAUCCGGCGAUGAUUCAGACAACCUCGCUCGAGCUCUUGUCGCGUGCGUAAGCCACCGCAGUGGCGAAGAGGUGCAAUUCCUGCAGGAACUGGCGACCUCUGGCAGUCGAAGAUCACAACUUGCCUUCUCCCGGCUGAGACAACUGCUGAGAAAAGCUGCACAGCCCAAGCUUGUGGAUUGGCUGCUCGAUCUCGCUCAUGACCCCGAUGCGUCCGACGAUGUUCAAAGCGAGGCUGUCGAUACCCUUCGCAGUCUUGGUCUCCCGACAGAUGUCCUGGUGCACCUGGUCGAGACCUUGCCCAACGCUGCCGAUCUACAAAGUCAACCAACGCCCGCAAAGAAGCAGCGCACAAGCCGCACCUCUGAUGUGCACAAGUUGGGCAGCGUUGACAAAGGCAAACUCAACCUCGCGCUGCGCCGCAUGACUUUAGUGCUGGAGCUUGUCGAACAAGCCAAGCCAGAGAGACAUCCACAACUGCUCAAGGGCUUGUUCCAUCUGCUCAGCGAGCUUCAUCAUUACAAGGCUCUUCUGGACUCUGAGCUUAUUUACCUGCAAGGCUUGAUCGUCAACAAUCUGCUUAGUGUUGUCAAUGGUCUCAAGGCCAACGCCAACAGAGACGUUGACCGUUCAGUCAUCCGCGCAGACUUGAUCGUCGAUUGUGUUAGAAACACAUCAAACACGCAGGUGCACCACGCCGCUUUGCUAUUGAUGUCUGCUCUAGCUUCGUGGGCACCAGAUUUGGUCCUCCACAGCGUUAUGCCAUUGUUUACCUUCAUGAGCUCUACCAUCCUCAAACAGGGCGAUGAGUACAGCGCGCAUGUUACGGACCAGACUGUCGCUCGAAUUAUUCCGCCCUUGGCAGCGUCUCUCAAGAAGCGUGGGAAAGACUUAAUCAGUGGUGCAGCAGACUUGCUACUCAGCUUCACUGCGGCAUAUGAGCACAUUCCCUUACAUCGGCGAGCGGACCUCUUCCGUAAUCUCGUCAAUACCCUCGGCGCCGACCAAGCACUGUUCACAAUUGCUGCCAUGCUGAUUGAAAGGCAUCCCGAGGAUCCGGGAGUCCGUCGCUUCGUGUCCGAACUCAUGAACACAUUCCCGAGCAACACUCAGAUCACAGCCGUCAAGCAGUACAUUGAUCUUGUGUUCGACACUCUUAAAGCUAGGCGAGCACUAUCUGAUGUCAUCCUAGGCUAUGGCGAGAAGAACAAGGAGCAGGCGAAGGAGAGCACGUCAGUUCUCAUCGAUGGGUUGACUGACGUUCUCGGGCGUGAUGCACUGCGCAAGAGGCUCGCCAAGGAGCUCAAGACAAGCGAUGACAAAGCGGAAAGCCUUCGCGUAGCAUACUCCACCAUCUUGGAGAAGACCAUGCAGCUAGGACUUCAGCUCAGGAGCAAUGUCGAUCUUCGCGAUAAUGCUGCAGACUUGUUGACAGCCGUCCUCGGACUCAUGCCUACCAAGGACUUCAUCGAGUCGAGCGCUAAGCUCAUGCAAUCUGGCACCGAUGAUAUCCGUCAACAAGUCUUCAGGUCGUUGGAGCAGCGUGUUGUCACGGCCAGGCGAGGCGAUCCUGCUAUGCAGCAGAUCUUCAUCGAUGUGCUCCCGAACUGCGCGGUUUUCGUCAUACCAAGUCAGCCAGUCGAAGUUCGAGUUGCGGCCAUUGCAUGCAUCGAUCGCAUAUCUGACAAGUUCGGCAAGACUGAUCGUACCACCGUCCUUCAAGUCGCCCAGCAGAUCGUUGGCGACGCUGCCCUCGGCAGUGAUGAUAGCAAGCUGCGGCGCCUGUCCUUGCUGUGCCUGGCAAGCAUGGUCGAAGUCCUUGGUGAUGAAUUUGUCCCUGUCCUGCCGAGAACGCUCGACCGCGCGAUCUCGUAUAUGGAACAGAUUUUAGAAGAUGGUGACGAGGACAAACACAGUACCGGCUUAAUGAGUGCCGGUUUCAGCUUUGCUAUGGGAAUCCUGGACCAUGUUCCUUGGCUGUUGGCUGGAGCUCAUCUCGAUCGGCUAUUUGUGGUGGCUGCUGACUAUGACGAGACCGAAGCCAUCGAAUUCACAGCACUUGCUGCCAGGAAGCUGCCUGCUCACGACUGCUUGGGCACCAUCGAGCGCACGUGGGAACAGAUUGUCGUUCUUGGCGGAUCCGCCGCACGUCUGUAUCUGGAGACUUUGCAGGGUGCUGUCAAGCAUCAUACCAAGUCGACUAUCCUGAAGAACGCCCAGCUGCUGUUCGGCGUACUGUUCCAUGCCUUUGACUUGCGUCGAAGACUGCUGCCCACAGCUGACGAGCCUAGCCACUAUGACGGGCUUUUCGAGCUUGUCGACAGUGUCACUAUGGAUACCGUGCUUAAGCUCAACGAUGCUACCUUCCGACCAUUCUUCCUUCGGCUAGGAGAAUGGGUCGGUCAGAUUCCUGACGACCGGGAAGGCACCAUCCACCGCCACACGAGUCUCUACAGCUUCGCUUCCACGUUGUUCAACCAGCUGAAGUCGCUGGUCACGAGCUACUACGCAUUCAUACUCGAGAACUCUGUGUCGUUGCUCAACUCGUUGAGCCCGCAGAAAGAGCUCGAGGGACGAUUGCUGCGACUGGUGAUCGAAUGUCUGACAGCGAACCUCAGUCAUGAUCAGGAUGGCUUUUGGCAGACUCCUGCACACUUCGAUCCGAUCGUUGAGCCACUGUUGUGUCUGUUGCUGCAAGCAGGAUCUUUGAAUGUAGAGGAGUAUGUCAUUCCUGCCAUCGUCGAACUUGGGGUCGCCGCCAAUUCGCCGGAGCAGCAUAAGACUCUCAACACCAUGAUCAUGGCAUCCAUGAGACAUGAAGAAGCUGCGGUCAGGUUGGCAGCAGUUAAGGUUGAGCGCGCGCUUACCGAGAGACUCAACGUCGACUGGGUUGGCCAUCUGCCAGAAUGGCUGCCAUUGAUUUCAGAGUUGCAAGAAGACGAUGACGGACCUGUCGAGCGCGAGACCCUGCGAUGGAUGAAGCAGAUCGAGGAUGUGACUGGCGAAGAUUUGAACAGCAUGUUGCAGUAA